GGGGUCACCUUGAUUCUCAGGCUGGGUUCCUUCCCUUCUGCCAGAGGGAAGUGGCGGAGGAGGGAGACUGGGAAACGUGAAUGGGGGAGGGUGGGGACCUGGCAGGCCCCACCUCCAGGACCACAGGAGCCGCCCCAGCUCAGAGGCUUGCACUGCCCCGAUGGCUCCGGACCCCAGCAGACGCCUCCGGCUGCUGCUCCUGCUGCCGCUGCUGCUCUUCUGCUGCCUUGAGCCAGCCAGGGCUGACGGGAAUUCCCUGAACCCCCUGAAUCCCUUGAAUCCUCUGGUGUGGCUGUGGCCCACCAAGACCGACGAUCCCGUCUCCGAGCCCCAGAUCAGUUCACCUGUGCAGCUCACAGAGAACCCCACCACGCACGUGGUCCCCCAGGAUGGCCUCACAGAACAGCAGACGACUCCUCCCAACCCCAAGCUGCCCCUGGAGGAUCAGCAAGCUGGCCAGAGUGGGACCCCUACAACCCAGGUCACCCCCAUCCCCCCGACGGCCUCUGCAGCGAGCCCAGACAUGAAGGAGGAGAAUGUUGCCGGCGUUGGAGCCAAGAUUCUGAAUGUGGCUCAGGGCAUUCGGAGCUUUGUCCAGCUGUGGGAUGAGGACAUGGCUGCUGAAAACUCUGCUGGGAUGGAAGCCUCAGCUUCCCCCUUCACUACAUCCCUCCUCACCCCUACUGAGCUCUCCAGCGCCACCCAGGAGGGCGAGACCACUCUCUGGCUAAGCAGUGGCGUUCCAAGUUCUCCAGAUGUUCAGACAACUGAGGCUGGCACCCUGGCUGUGCCCACCCAGCCACCUCCCUCCCUGAGCAGCCUCCAGGCACCACUGAGAAGACCCUCAGUGCCACCAGCACCCCCAGAGACUGUUGCUGAGGAGGUGGGGCUGCUGCAGCUCCUUGGGGACCCUCUGCCCCAUCAGAUCUCACAAGUCGACGACCCUCAUGUCGGGCCAGCCUACGUCUUUGGACCGGACUCCAGCAGUGGCCAGGUGGCCCAGUACCACUUCCCUAGACUCUUCUUCCGUGACUUUUCACUCCUGUUUAGCAUUCAGCCAGCCACGAAGGCCGCAGGGGUGCUGUUUGCCAUCACGGACGCCGCACAGACGGUGGUCUCACUGGGUGUGAAGCUUUCGGGGGUACAAGAUGGACAGCAGAACAUCUCACUGCUCUACACGGAGCCCGGGGCCAGCCAGACCCAGACGGGUGCCAGCUUCCGCCUCCCUGCAUUUGUUGGCCAGUGGACACACUUCGCGCUCAGCGUGGAUGGAGGCUCCGUGGCUCUCUACAUAGACUGUGAAGAGUUCCAGAGGGUACCGCUUGCUCGGUCCCCACAGGGUCUGGAGCUGGAGCGUGGCUCUGGCCUCUUUGUGGGUCAGGCUGGAGCAGCUGACCCUGAUAAGUUCCAGGGGAUGAUCUCAGAGCUGAAGGUACGAAAUAACCCCCGGGUGAGCCCUGUCCACUGUUUGGAUGAAGAUGACGAUGAUGAAGACAGGGCAUCUGGAGACUUUGGAAGUGGCCUUGAAGAAAGCAGCAAGCCUCCCAGGGAGGAGGAUACAUCCUCAGCACCCAGGCUUCCCCAGCCACCCCCUGUCACCUCCCCACCCCUGGCUGGAGGCAGCACCACACAAGAUUCUAGAACAGAAGGAACGGAGGAAGAAACCACGGUAGAUUCUGUAGGAGCUGAGCCCCUUCCCGGCACAGAUUCAAGCAGUGCAUGGGGUGAGAAUGUCCAGAACCAUGGAGGUGACUUGAUCAAGGGAGGUCUCAAGGGACAAAAGGGGGAGCCAGGUGCUCAGGGCCUACCUGGCCCAGCUGGGCCCCAGGGUCCUGCAGGCCCAGUGGUACAGAGCCCCAAUGCACAACCUGUCCCUGGAGCACAAGGACCCCCGGGACCUCAGGGGCCACCAGGGAAGGAUGGCGCUCCAGGAAGGGAUGGCGAACCGGGUGACCCCGGUGAAGAUGGGAGACCGGGUGACACUGGGCCUCAGGGCUUUCCAGGGACUCCAGGAGAGGUGGGCCCCAAGGGUGAGAAGGGAGAUCCUGGUGUUGGACCUCGAGGACCUCCAGGACCUCCUGGGCCACCAGGACCCUCCUUCAGACAGGACAAGCUGACCUUCAUUGACAUGGAAGGAUCCGGUUUCAGUGGAGAUUUGGAGAGCCUCAGAGGCCCACGAGGCUUCCCUGGCCCCCCAGGACCCCCUGGUGUCCCAGGACUGCCUGGUGAGCCAGGGCGCUUUGGGGUCAACAGCUCCUACGCUCCAGGACCUGCAGGCCUUCCUGGUGUGCCCGGGAAGGAAGGGCCCCCUGGAGUUCCUGGGCCCCCGGGACCUCCAGGUCCUCCAGGCAAAGAGGGCUCACGAGGAGCGGCUGGCCAGAAAGGCAGUGCUGGCGAUGUGGGAAUCCCAGGACCCAAGGGGAGCAAAGGAGACCUUGGGCCUGUCGGUGUACCUGGAAAGACUGGCAUGGCUGGACCCCCUGGGCCAACUGGGCCCCCAGGACCCCCAGGACCACCUGGGCCACCAGGACCGGGAUUUGCUGCUGGAUUCGAUGAUAUGGAAGGCUCUGGGAUACCCUUCUGGUCAACAGCCGGAAGCUCCAAUGGACAGCAGGGACCUCCAGGGUUGCCAGGACUCAAGGGAGAUCCUGGAGUAGCAGGGCCGCCUGGAAUCAAGGGAGAAGUCGGAGCAGAUGGAGCCCAGGGCAUCCCUGGCCUCCCAGGAAGAGAAGGUGCAGCUGGGCCCCCGGGGCUAAAAGGAGACAAAGGGAGCCAGGGAGAAAAGGGAAAUCCAGGAAAAGAUGGAGUGGGGCUACCAGGCCUCCCUGGCCCCCCAGGACCUCCAGGGCCUGUGGUCUAUGUGUCGAAUGAGGAUAGAGCGGUAGUGAGCAUGCCAGGACCCGAGGGCAAGCCGGGGUACGCAGGCUUUCCUGGACCUGCCGGGCCGAAGGGUGACCUGGGUUCCAAAGGCGAGCAGGGCCCUCCAGGGCCCAAGGGUGAGAAGGGAGAGCCAGGCGCAAUCUUUGGCCCUGAUGGUAGAGCUUUGGGCCACGCCCAGAAAGGAGCCAAGGGAGAACAAGGCUUUCGAGGACCACCGGGUCCUUAUGGGCGCCCUGGGCACAAGGGUGAAAUCGGCUUCCCUGGAAGGCCGGGUCGUCCUGGCACAAAUGGAUUAAAAGGAGAGAAAGGGGAGCCUGGAGAUGCCAGCCUUGGGUUCAGCAUGAGGGGAAUGCCUGGCCCCCCUGGACCUCCAGGCCCCCCAGGUCCUCCUGGGAUGCCCAUCUAUGACAGCAAUGCAUUUGUGGAGUCUGGCCGACCUGGACUACCGGGACAGCAAGGUGUGCAGGGGCCUUCAGGACCAAAGGGUGACAAAGGAGAGGUGGGCCCUCCUGGGCCUCCAGGGCAGUUCCCCAUCGACUUCUUCAGUCUGGGAGCUGAAAUGAAGGGUGACAAAGGAGACCGAGGGGAUGCUGGACAGAAAGGAGAGAGGGGAGAACCUGGGGCGGCUGGUGGUGGAUUCUUCAGCUCAGGUGUGCCUGGACCACCCGGCCCCCCUGGCUACCCUGGGAUUCCGGGUCCAAAGGGAGAGAGUAUCCGGGGCCCACCUGGUCCUCCUGGCCCUCAGGGACCUCCUGGCAUUGGCUAUGAGGGGCGUCAGGGCCCCCCAGGACCUCCAGGGCCUCCAGGACCUCCAUCGUUCCCUGGCCCUCAUAGGCAGACUGUCAGUGUUCCUGGUCCUCCGGGCCCUCCUGGCCCCCCAGGUCCCCCAGGAGCCAUGGGUGCCUCUGCUGGGCAGGUGAGGAUCUGGGCCACAUACCAGACCAUGCUGGACAAGGUGCGUGAGGUGCCUGAGGGCUGGCUCAUCUUUGUGGCCGAGAGGGAAGAGCUCUACGUGCGUGUUAGAAAUGGCUUCCGGAAGGUGCUGCUGGAGGCCCGGACAAUACACCCACAUGGGACGGGCAAUGAGGUAGUGGCUCUGCAGCCCCCUCUGGUGCAGCUUCACGAGGGCAGCCCAUAUACCCGGCGGGAGCACCCCUACUCCACGGCUCGGCCCUGGCGGGCCGAUGAUAUCCUGGCCAACCCACCGCGUCUGCCAGACCCACAGCCUUACCCCGGAGUUCCACACCACCACAACUCUUACGCACACCUGCCGCCAGCCCGCCCCACACGCUCACCUGCCCACACUCACCAGGACUUCCAGCCAGUGCUUCACCUGGUGGCACUGAACAGCCCGCUGUCGGGUGGCAUGCGUGGCAUCCGUGGGGCCGACUUCCAGUGCUUCCAGCAGGCCCGAGCCGUGGGGCUGACUGGCACUUUCCGUGCCUUCCUGUCCUCCAGGCUGCAGGACCUCUACAGUAUUGUGCGCCGGGCUGACCGUGGGUCUCUGCCCAUUGUCAACCUGAAGGACGAGGUGCUAUCUCCCAGCUGGGACGCCCUAUUUUCUGGCUCCCAGGGUCAACUGCAGCCUGGGGCCCGCAUCUUUUCUUUCGACGGCCGAGACGUCCUGAGACACCCAGCCUGGCCUCAGAAGAGUGUAUGGCAUGGCUCAGACCCCAGCGGGCGCAGGCUGAUGGAGAGCUACUGUGAGACAUGGCGGACGGAGGCUAGCGGGGCUACAGGUCAGGCCUCCUCACUGCUGUCAGGCAGGCUGCUGGAACAGAAAGCUGCCAGCUGCCACAACACCUACAUCGUCCUGUGCAUUGAGAAUAGUUUCAUGACCUCUUUCUCCAAGUAGGGCCUCUGCCAGCUAGGGUGGUGGACAGAGGCGGCACAAAGGAUGGACACAGUGCAGGGAGCAUCUGGCCAGCGCCUGGGGCCUGGCUGGGCUACGAUCCUGUAUAGUUCACAUUUUAUGUAAUCCUCAAGAAAUAAAAGGAAGCCAAAGAGUAUAUUUUUUUAAACAUUUAAAAAUAGACUUCCUGCCCUUCCUCUCCCACUUGAACUGGUGGCCAGUCUGUGUCACAGAUCUCCCUCCAUGCUUGGUGGAGCUCUAUGGCGACGUCAGGCCACAGCUGGGUGUCAGCAGUUUGCUGCCUAAAGACCUGCAGACUUUCUCUAGCCUGGCAUCUUCCUGUGCACAGACCCUUCAAAAGGCAGUCACAUGUGAGUGCUGGGGACAGACCCUGGGACAGCACAGGGCAGCUGGGACUCUCCUCUCACACCACCUAGUUACUGCCUGUAGUCCAGGCAGGUAGUAACUGGGACCAUCCAUGCUGAUCAGCAGGAACCACCUCCUGCCUCCCCUACUCUCCAGGAACAACACUCCCUGCCAGAGCAGGUUUCCAAGCCCAGUACUCACUGUGACUCCCGGAUCUGAACCCUGUCCCCUGUCACUGUGCGUAGAGGACAGGAGUGUGAUCAGAUGUAGCCCACAUGCUUAUUUUGCUGGUGGCCCUACGUGACAUGGGGCCCACCCUCAGGCUUGUCUCUUGGACUGGCCUCCCUGGUGACCCAUGAGAUCCCGUCCAGAGCAGCACCCAAGCCCAACCAAGUCCGAGAGCCAGGGUCUGACAGCGCCCUGUCCUUCCCUGCCCACCAGCCUGAAGUCCACGAAUCUCGCAGCAGCUGUACGAAGCACUCGUCCUGUGGAGGGACAUGUGUGCUCAGGGCCACAAGUGGCCAUCAUAGCCACUGUGCCUGCCUCAGGCUCUAUUGUCCAAGGAUUGGGACAAAUCCAGUGGGGCUAGUUCUGUGACUCUGUGUGAUAUGAAGCCAUUUCAAAGAGGCACCAAAUAAAAAUGACCUUUUGUACAGA